CAAAAAUACCUUAUUUUUAUGUAGCAGAUGUACAGAGCGUGCAUCUACCCCUAUUAACACACACAGAGUCGAGGCACGGCCUGUCAUGUGCAAGCUGCAGUCUCACCGCGCCAGCAGGAGCAUCCCAGGAGCAAAUCCAGCUUCAGAGGGGCAGAAGGCAGCGGCAUUUAAGUGCCACACGCCCCAAGACUCCUUGUUCUGCGACUUGGUCUGAUGCGUGCGAGCCUCUGUGUCAUUUGUGUGCCCCCCCGCAGCUGUAAAACCCCGCACGGGAGCAUUUGGUGCAAACCCGGGCCGGGGGAAGGCGGCGGCGGCGGCGCCAGGAAGCGGCGGUGCCGCCCGGGGCAGAUCCCCGGAGCCCUCGGCGGGAACGCGAACGGGAACUGGGGCCGGUGCUGGAUGUAGGAAAUAUGAAUGACUGGCAGAGAAAAAGCCCUCUAGACUGGGAAACGUAUCUGAACAAAUUGGUGAAAGUUGUUGCAGUUGAGAAACAUGAAUAUGAAGGAUGGGUUUUAACAGUUGACCCAGUUUCUGCCACCAUUGUCCUUGCAACAUUCCCAGAGAACGAGAAAGGAUCCAUCUCAUUUGUCAUGGGCCAUGCUGUCCAAGAGGUGGAGAUCCUGCAGGAAGGGGACAGUGACAUGGAGCAGCGCCUCGCUCGCAUCCUCGCGCCUGAGGAAAGCCAAACCUACAGCGCAGAGGAGCUGGAGAGGAGGAAGAACGCCUUGAAGACGUGGCUGGAGACAAAUCACAUCCCCGUGGGCGAGCAGGGGGAGCUGGGCAGGACGCUGAGCGUGGCGGGGGUGCUGAGCAUCGAGCCCCCGUACGGCCCCGAGCAGUGCAGCAGCACCAACGAGAUCAUCCUGGCCCGCGUGCAGGGCCUGCUGCAGGGCUUCCUGCAACAGCAGCACUGAGCCAGGGCUGCUCCUUUGGACUCCAGGAGCUCUCCUGGGUGUCAAUAUUCACUAUUUGCAGAAAUGCUGCAUUUUCGGUACUUUUGUCUUGAUUUUUUUGUAUGCAAAGGAAGGAAUAAUAAAGAAUAAAUUCAAAGCACAAGCAUUUUUCUUGUGCUAUUUUUAUUAGAAGCAAACUGUUGGGUAAUGGUGAUGUAUUAAACUAAUUUGUCAGUUUAGGGUUUUUGUAACAGUAUUGUAAAAGAUUAUAUAUAAUACAUUUAAACUGUUUUCCCUUCAAAACCAGUUUAAUUAUCUAGAGCUGAAGGCAUGUUUAUUUGAACUGCUUACCAGAUCCUUUCCUUUUUUUUUUAAGAAAGAGAAUUAUGACACCUGGACUUCCCAAACCAACUUAAAAAAUAUUCAGAAAAAAAAAUGUUCAGAAAGCUGUUUUCUUUUGUUUUCCCGGGUGGUUGGUUGGUUGUUUUUCCCAUUACUGUUCUCCUAGUUUAGUACAUAAACUACAAUGUAUGUCCAGGUUUGUAGAAUUAUUAGGGAAGGUUAGCAGGCAAAUAUCAGGUUUUAAAACCAUUACCUGUCUAUAUUUGUUAUUUUAGAUCAGCAGUGCUUGGAAAACCAGUGUUCUAUAAAAGGAAAAUGUGUUGCAAUUCAGUAAGUUUGUGUUUUUUUAAUGCUCUGUUUCUAGUUUAUGCCAAUACAUGAUGCAGGAAUCGUUACGUGGUUAUUCCUGAGAUUAUGAAUGCAGUGAGGAGGAUUUAGAGCUCUCAUUUAUCUCAGUGUAUUUGUUCUGCCUUAU